CCAAUUGACUUUUUCCUUUAAAAAUUUUGUUCAGGUCGGGUCAACUUUUGCGUUUCGGACAAAUAACAAGAUAAACACGAACAGAUGGUAAACAAACAAAACAUUGUGUCACGUACGCCAUUUUUGAAUUGAGGAAAAUAGCUGGAGGAAAUGGAAAGUUCCGGGAGUUACAGUACAAAAACACCACUUUCUGUUAUUCCACAGAGGCUUUCAGCUGCUAAAGACAGACAGGCUGCGUCCUUCACUGCAGGACACUUCCCAUCGCGUUUGCUGGAAGAUGAUUCAGUACAUUUUUCGCUUUAUGCCCGCGUCAGUCUCCCUGAUGUGGGUGAUUGUUGGUGUCUUGGUCCUCUUAUUUCUUUAUUUUCAGUUAAGCUUCUUUAACUGGAGGGAGCCUCCGGGACCCAGACCUCUGCCAUUGCUCGGGAACCUGUUUCAGGUGGAUCUGAAGAGGCUCGACCAAAGUCUUUUUGACUUGUCAAAAAAGUAUGGACCCGUCUUCGUGGUCAAUUUUGGCCCUAAGAAGGUGGUGGUCCUGGCGGGUUACCGGACAGUCAAACAGGCUCUAGUAAAUCAAGCAAAAGAGUUUGGAAACAGAGAAGUCACUCCAAUAUUUUAUGAUUUUAACAAGGAACAUGGUAUUUUGUUUGCGAAUGGAGAAUCGUGGAAUGAAAUGAGACGUUUUGCUCUGUCAACUCUAAGAGAUUUUGGGAUGGGCAAAAGGAUAAGUGAACAAAAUAUUAUUGAGGAAUGUCGCUGGUUGAUUGAAGAAUUAGAAAAACUUCAAGGUAAACCCUUUGACAACACCCACACUAUUAGCUACGCGGUAUCAAAUGUUUUAUCAGGUCUAAUGUUUGGGAAAAGAUUCGAUUACCAAGACCCUCUGUUACAAGCCAUUGUGGACAGAGACAACGAGAUCAUCUAUCUGACGGGAACAGUUUCUAUCUUGUUAUACAACAUGUUUCCCUGGCUGGGUCCUUGGCUGAAAAACUGGAAAACCUUAAUGAAGAAUAUGGAAGCUGCCAAGACAGACAUGAAGAAGAUCAUAGCAGAGUUGAAGGACACUCUUGAUCCUGACACACGCAGAUGCUUUGUUGAUGCGUUUCUGACCCAGAAGCAAAAUCUGAAGGAAGUCAACGGCUCCCACUACCACGACGAUAAUCUGCUUUACACAGUGAUGAAUUUGUUUGCAGCUGGAACCGACACCACGGCAACGACAAUAGAGUGGUGCCUGCUAUUUAUGGCAAAAUAUCCACAUAUUCAAGAACGGGUCCAGGAAGAGCUGAACUGGGUGGUAGGAAGUCGCCAGGUGCGCAUAGAGGACAGGAAGAACCUGCCGUUCACUGAUGCCGUCAUCCAUGAAUCGCAGAGACUCGCAAACAUUGCUCCAAUGGCCAUUCCACACACAACAAGCAAAGAUGUCACCUUUCAGGGCUAUUUUAUCAAAAAGGGAACCACUGUCUUGCCUCUUCUCACUUCCGUCUUGUAUGAUGAGAGUGAAUGGGAGAGUCCUCGCACCUUUAACCCCUCUCAUUUUCUGGACAAAGAGGGCAAAUUCCUCAAAAGAGGCGCCUUCAUGCCUUUCUCUGCAGGGCGGAGGGUGUGUCUCGGAGAAAGUUUGGCCAGAAUGGACAUCUUUCUUUUCUUCACCUCCCUGCUUCAGCACUUUAGUUUCACUCCCCCUCCAGGAGUUUCAGAGGAUGAGCUGGAUUUGACACCAGUGGUGGGCUUCACUCUGUCACCUCAGCCUCAAGGGCUCUGCGCUGUCAGGCGCCAGUGAGGAGAUGUCUUAACGGCAUAGAUGAAAAAAUAUAUAAAUCAAAUACUUUUUUUUUGAAUGAAAAGACAUUUUUUUCAGAUUUAAAAUAUGUUAUCACAGUGUUUUAUUCAAAUAAAGGGAAACUGCCUUUUAGAAUGUCAAUAUUAAUAAAGAUUUUUUUCUUUAUUCUUUAUUUUUCUUUCUUUAUUGACAAACUUUAUUGACAAAUUCUUGAACAAAGCGGUUUUGAAGUUGUAUCAAUAUAUUUCUUACAAUUCACGUGAUCUAAAGUGUUAUUUUUUUGUAUCAAUGUGUAAGUAUUUUGAACAAUGGGAAAAGCACAAAUUAUACAUAGACCCUAAAGUUACAUUAAAGACAAAAAAUCAAAUUGAAAUACAUGGGGGAUCCUUGGUGCAGAAGGUCCCUGGUUCGAGACCCAGCGCCGGCAUUUUUCAUUAAAAUAUAUUUUUUCUUAU